AUGGCUACGCCGCUCGAGCUAUGGAAUCUAACUUUAACCGAUGUUAGUGCUAUCUGUGGUUCGAUAUCGAUCGCCUGCUGGCUCUGUGUCUUCCUGCCACAACUCGUUGAUAAUUUUCGGCGCGGCUCAACUGAUGGCCUGUCAGUUCGCUUUGUGACGAUAUGGCUUGCGGGCGACAUGUGUAAUGUAGUGGGAGCCGUUCUCCAGGGAGUCUUGCCGACAAUGAUUAUCCUUGCAGUGUAUUAUGCAUGUAUGGACAUCUUGCUUCUUGCUCAGAUAUUUUAUUACCAUGGAGUUACGUGGAGUGAAGACAUGACUUGCUCAUCUGGGCUUGAGCCUCAUGAUCAGAACUUUGAAACAACAACUCCUUCGGGAAAACCAGAUGAACGUCAACGUCUACUUGCAGUCUGUAACGGUCCAGAUCACUCCCAAAGCUCUUCACAACACUUGUCAGCUACGCAUCUAUCUCCGGUCGUUCCGUUCGUGCCCGAGGCCCAGCCCUUCACCCAAACUCGCUCCAGCCUACAAGUGACACUUGUCAAUCUCAGUGCUGUGAUAGCAGUUAUUUUCAUAGGCAUAAUGGGUUGGUAUUUCUUCCAAACCCAAACAACUCGAGCCUCACCUUCGUCGGUUGAAUUAACCUUCAACUUUUGGGGUCAAAGUUUCGGUUACCUUUGCGCCAUUCUUUACCUAUCAUCUCGUCUACCCCAACUACUUCUCAACUACCGGCGUAAAUCGACUGAGGGCAUAUCCAUGCUUUUCUUUCUCUUUGCCUGUGUUGGAAAUCUAUGUACAGUGCUGUCUAUCCUAAUUUACGAUCCACCAUGCCGAGCAGGGGGUAGGCGGUGUGAAGACGACAGGCAAUGGCGAGAGUACUGGCAUUAUGUGGUUGUCAAUAUUAGUUGGAUUGUCGGAAGUGCCGGAACAUUCUUGUUGGAUUUGAGUGUUUUUACCCAAUUUUGGCUCUAUCGCGUAAAUGGCGAUUCGUCUAAUCAAAGGCAAUAA